GUUUUCAUUACUAAAUAUUUAGCUCUAGAUUUAAUUUAAAUUUCAUGAAAAUGAAUUUAUAUGAUACUGGAAUAUCAUAUAUCGCCUUUGUGUGGUAUUAUUCCCGUUUUUAUAAUCUUUAUCACAAUAAAGUAUUUAGGAUUGCAUAAUCCUGAACAUACAACUCUGAUUUGAGGUUAGAAUACGGUUUGUUUUCAAAUUAAUAGAAAUAAAAAUGAUAAAAGCUGUUUUAAUAGAUUUGAGUGGUACCUUACAUAUAGAAAAUCAAGCAAUAUCUGGAUGCGUUGAGGCUUUGAAAAGGCUCCGUGAGAAAGAGCUUUAUAUAAAGUUUGUGACGAAUACUACAAAAGAAAGCAAAAGAAUUCUUCAUCAAAGAUUAACACAAUUGGGAUUUGAUGUAAACAAGGAAGAUAUUUUAAGCUCAUUGACAGCUGCUAGGAAUCUAAUCGAUCAACGUAAUUUAAAACCUAUGUUAAUGCUUGAACAAGCAGCUCUAGAAGAUUUUGAAGGGGUAGCAUGUCCCUCAACAGACACUCCAAACGCUGUAAUUGUUGGUCUUGCACCAACAGAAUUUCAUUAUGAAAAAUUAAAUGAGGCUUUCAGACAUUUACAAGCAGGUGCGCAAUUGAUAGCCAUACAUGCAGGAAAAUAUUACAAAAGGUCUGAUGGUCUGGCACUGGGACCAGGAUUUUUCGUUAAAGGAUUGGAAUACUCAGCAGAAUGCACUGCUGAAGUAGUUGGUAAACCAAAUAGUUCGUUUUUCCUAUCUGCUUUAGGUUCUCAGAACAAACCAGAAGAAGCUAUUAUGAUAGGAGAUGACGUGACUGAUGAUAUACAAGGUGCAAUGAAAGCAGGAUUACGUGGUUAUCUCGUCCAAACGGGAAAGUAUAAAGUUGGCGAUGAAGGCAAGAUAAGUCCACCCCCUUCAGCUGUAUUUCCAAGUUUCGUUGAAGCCGUUGAAAAUAUUUUAACACAAAUUGAAUAAUUCAUUUAGUAAUAAGUAGUAUUUAACAAUUUGUAUAAUAUAUUUAUAAAACUAAUCUAUUAAAGUAUUAAUAUAUGACAAAA